UACAGACUUAUGACAAUAUUUUGUAGGCUAGAUGGUAGCGUAAAUACAUGGGAGGCAAAGUCGUGGUGCAAUGUAUUUAUUCGCAGUGUCGUGACAAUUUAAGAUAUCACAGUGACAAAUGGUCAUGCGUAAAAGGCAACUCGUUGUAAAUGUCCUAAAUCCAUGACGCUUAAAACUAACCUAUACAAUUUUAUUUUUUUCUUCACACAUUUAUAUAACGUUGUAUGUGGGUCUGUAAAGUGCUCUGGGACGCACGUUAACUUUCGCUGUCGACUUGCUGUAUUCAAUUCCGCCGAUUCAGUUGCAAACCGUUUCUUAAACGGAAGCAAACGGAACGAACGUGGAGUGACCUGCCUUAAUUUGUCCAAUAGAAACUUGUUUAGUUGCAAAACGGAAUGCAACUGUUUGAACGAAUGAUUACACCCCGGGCUUCAGACGGGUUUAGGAGACAGCUGCUACACGUGACGGUUAUAUGGUUGUAUAACGCAACAAUAUUUAGGUCAACGCGAUUCUUGUUUGGCACGUGCACACUUACCAGUUACAAAACGUCUCGUGCAGAGGUCUCCAAUAACAACAAGUGAGAGACAUAUGUUCGAAAGGGGGGGGGGGGAAGACCACUCGAAUGAGUUUACUUAUAUAUGGUAAUUUUGGUUGGACACGGAUAUUUACCCGAGAAAGCAGUGUUAUCACUCACAACACGAAACCGUUCAAUUAUAGGGAGCCUGUGUAGUAGCCUAUAUAGACCAUCACUUUUCCCUCAAAUACAAGCAAAAUUACACUUUAGCCUAUCAUUUUAGAGGAUAAAAUGAACGUUUCAUUCUUAAAUCAGGCUGAAAUAUGAGCCUAUUGAUAAUGGACUCAUGCAGAAAACUCUUUACAAUUGUAAUGAAAGGGAAAUCUUGGAAUUUCAUGAAUGGUUGUCCUAUUUGCUCUGGGCUAGACUAUGGCCCACGAAACGAUUGCGUGUGAAUGCAAGGAACAGUGUCCCCUUCACGGGUGGUUUGAGUGAAUGAAUGCGAGUGUCGUGGUGACUGGUGAUUGAGGAGAAGACAGACUGACCUCUUCCGCGUUUUCCUGGAGUUGUGUCCUCAUUACCCAGGAGGCUACUUUAUCCUUGCACGUGUUGGUCUACGUUUGUAUGUCUACCCCCACCCCGCAUUAGUACAGAGAGAGGGGAGGAAAACAUAAAGUAAAUUUAUACAACAACCCCCCGCCUCUUCUCACCAUCUCUCUUACAGUAGGCUACUUAUACCACAUUUGGGCUACACUACCACUUCCUCAUGUUCUGCGGCGCCGGGCUGCUGCUGACCGGAUCCAACCAUGUCCGUAGAGAAUUUAGCCGCCGGCGGCAAUGACGGGACCGCAGACAAACGAUCAGGACCCUUGCAGUUAGGAGAAACCAAUAGCCUUCCUGUUUCUCGGCCUGACGUCAUAACACCCCACCUGGCAGGAGCCAUACCAAUCCAAGAGCUGUCUAGGAAACGGAAGGGGGAUCUAGAUAACAGGGGAAAUGGUGAUGCUCAAAUAGAGGAGCAACAGAGCAGAUCGGAAGACGAUGAUCAACAGGUGAAAAUAAAAUGGUUCAGGGAGCCACACAGCCAAAUUGAAAAGCGGCGAAGGGACAAAAUGAACACCCUUAUUGACGAGCUGUCAGCCAUGAUCCCCUCCUGGAACCCCAUGGCCAAAAAGCUUGACAAACUCACGGUUCUGCGAAUGGCUGUACAGCAUCUGAAAGCCCUGAAAGCAGGUGCCAGCAGUUCCUUUACUGAUGUUAACUACAAACGCAAGCCUUCAUUUCUGCCUCAGGAUGAUCUCAAGCACCUGGUGCUCACGGCUGCAGAUGGGUUCCUGUUCGUGGUGAGUUGUGACAGGGGGAAGAUCCUCUUUACCUCAGAAUCCAUCUCCAAGUUCCUCAACUACAGUCGGUUGGAACUAAUUGGACAGAGUCUUUUUGAUUAUGUCCACCCGAAGGACAUUAGUAAAGUGAAAGAGCAGCUGUCAGCCACAGGAUUAUACCCUCGUGAACGGCUCAUAGAUGCCAAAACAGGGUUACAGGUGCAGGACCUUCCUGUGGGAGCAGUUCAACUGUGUACAGGGGCACGGCGCUCCUUCUUCUGCCGCAUGAAGCACAGCAGAACAGUUAUGAAGACAGAAGACAAAACCAUCCAGCCCAGCAGCUCCAAGAAAAAGGAGUCUCAACAAUACUGCACUGUCCAUUGCACUGGUUACAUGCGGAGUUGGCCUUCUACCCAGCUGGAUGCUGAGAGCGACGAUAUCGAGUCCUCCCAUCUGUCCUGCCUGGUUGCUAUGUGCCGCGUUCACCCUAACAAUGCCUGUCAGCCCUCACGAGAGGUCAAGGUCAAACCCACCCAGUUUGUCACUCGCUUUGCAAUUGAUGGCAAGUUCAUCUUCGUAGACCAACAAGCCACGACUGUUCUGGGCUACUUGCCACAGGAACUACUGGGGACGUCUUGUUAUGAGUUCUUCCACCAGGACGACCUGCAACACCUCGCAGAGACACAUAGGAAAGUUCUCCGCAGUAAAGAGAAGAUUGAGACCAGCUGCUACAAGUUCAAAACAAAACUUGGCUCCUUCGUCAUGCUUCAAAGUCAGUGGUUUAGUUUUAUAAACCCGUGGACCAAAGAAGUGGAGUUUAUUGUGUCAACAAACCGAGUUUUGGGACCUGGUCACACAGAAACUGAACAGCCGAGCAGCUCCGAGCUGUUGGACGAAGAGAGAAAACGUACUAUCCUUAUCCCUGGCAUCUCCAGUGGCAUGGCCACUAUGAUCUACGCUGGCAGCAUAGGGACCCAGAUAGCAAAUGAGCUCUUGGACUCCAACAGGGUCAAUUGUUCUCCAUCGAGUGGAACCUCCAGUCCCUUCUGUCCAUCUCAGGACAGGUCUCCAAUGGUCUCCUCUCAUGCCAACAUGCCAAAUGAGGAGGUGACUGACUCCGAUACAGUGAGCAAGUCUGUAUCAGAUUCUGCUUCAAAGGGGGCCACAUACGCUGGCAGCAACACACAUAUGGACACAGAAAGCUCCCAGAUUAACCUGGACAGCAUGGUGGGACCAGGCCUCAGUAUCCUGAGCAACGACGAGGCUGCCAUGGCCGUCAUCAUGAGCCUGCUGGAGACUGAUGCCAACCUGGGGGACGCAGUAGACUUUGACAACAUGCACUGGUCUCACUAGCAGAGAUUCAAAUGCCAUGAAUUCAGGAGAAGAAUUUAGAUUCCAAUUCAAGAUUUGAAAAAUGCUAUUUAUUCUUAUCUACAUUACUUCAUUUAAGCAUUUUCAAAGAGGAUUUCUACCAAUUCCUGAAUUGGGAUUUCAAUUCACUUCCAGAAUUGAAAUGGAAUUGACCCCCAACUCCAUCAGUCCUUAACUCUGUAGUUUAUGGUUAGACAAACUCCAACCAGGGACUAUUUUCAUGUGCUCCGCUACCAAUGAAACAGAUUUAUGUGCUUCUGAGGAACUUCUACAGCUCUCUGUUUAAGUUUCAGCAAGUGAAAUCCAGCCUGAGCUAAGAUCAGCAAACUCUUUGGUGGCUUGCACAGCUGGUUCAAUUGGUGUGGAUUUUUUUGAUCAAUGUUUCAAUGUAACUGAAUGUGUACUAAAACCACCCGAGAUUGCCUAUAUCUGAGGGGUCACAGAUCGAUACCAGUUCGGUACUCUUGGGGUUCCCACAGGUGUGAAAGUGAUCAACCCAAAUUCCAAGGGAGUGGACAAAGGCAUAGGUUAAUCAAUUACAAAGAAUAUUAACUUUGAACACUGAUCACUUGUGUGAAUAACUUGAAAUGAAACAUUACAACGGUGUCUUCA